AGAAGCAUAAUAAUAAGACUACACCAUGUAGAGUAUUUUAAACGUGUUACUGUGCUUAAACUUGUGAGUUUUUUCUGCGUAUCCGCAUAUUGGUUGACAGUAAACAAGUGAUCAAGUUGAAAUCGCUAAAAUUACUUUAUGUUACUUUAAUAUGUAAGUGGUUUUUUACUAAUAGAUAUUUUCUCCAUUUGAAAUUCUUUUCUCUCGUUGGGCUUCACUCGUCCCUUUCCAACGAAAUGCACUUAUUCAAGGGUUGUUUGUUUUGAUUUUUUAUCACGAAGUUAACUCGAAAUUAUAUUUAAUGUAAUGAAAAUACCCAUGGCAUAUGAGACAGAUUUUCCGUGGAAGCGUGUUUCUUACAUAUUUUACAAUCCAGAAGACAUUUGUUGGAGUAGUAAUAACAUAUUCAUUAACAAUGGGUAUAGGAAUGGGAUUCGCUUAUUCUGUGGUGUUCGCUGUCGCAACAACAUGGUUUCCAGAAAAACGUGGAUUGAUUGUGGGAAUAAUUGUAAGUGGAUUUGGCCUUGGAGCACUGGUAUUUUCGCCUAUUCAGACUGCUCUUAUCAAUCCGACAAACGUAAAAGUAGACAAUGUUACUCGCCACUUUACUGAUAUCGAACUUCUUGACCGGGUACCUAGAACCCUUUUAAUUUUGGGAGGUAUAUUAUUAGGGAUUCAGAUAAUCGGCUUCAUUCUUCUACGCCCAAGACCUUCUUCAAAACAGGCAAAUAUAACCCAGAAGAUUCAAGCUUCAAAUGACGUGAAUCUAUCACCAAAACAAAUGUUCCGCUGUAUUGAUUUUUAUUUAUUGUGGCUCGUAAUGUUCUGCAACAUUAUUCCUAUUACAACAAUCACGUCAACUUAUAAGCAAUUCGGUCAAAAGUACAUUUCAGACGACAGAUUUUUGUCAGCUAUAGUUACUAUUUCAUCUUUAUUCAAUUGCGCUGGUCGUGUGAUGUGGGGUUCGAUUGCUGACCGAUUUUCGUUUAAAGUGCCAUUAUGUGUAAAACUUACUAUUUGGUCAGUCGUUCUAAUAACAUUUCCACAUUUGUCAUUAUUUUCGGAAAUAGUAAUCAAAAUAUUAUUUCCUAUUUGGGUAUUCGUCUUAUUUACAUUAUUCUGCGGAACAUUCGUCCUUAUUCCAAAUGCAACUGGCACGGUUUUUGGGCCAGUCAAUUUAGCUGUGAAUUAUGGUUUAGUAUUUCUAGCAUUUUCGUUUGGAAGUUUUGCAUGCGCAAUUUUCACAACAUUCUUAACCCCAGAUGGUGCUUAUGUAUUCCAAUACACUUCCUGUGGAGCCGUUUGUCUAGUGGCGCUGUUUAUCACAUUGUGGAUCGAGGAUAGAAAAAUACCAGAGAAAUGUCAACUAUGUGGAUGUUUCGUUCGACGUUGUCUAAAAUUACGAGUAAAACAACCGCUAAGUAGUCCACAUGAACUACAAGCGCUUAGAUCAUAAUAUGAAUGGUCGGUUUUAUGAUAUUUAAUAUCUGCAGCUCGAAUAUAUAUAUAUAUAUAUAUAUAUAUAAUCUUUUAAAGUUCCAUAAACCAUAACUUCGUGCAUCAUAGAGAAAUUAGUGCACAAUAGCAAUGCUUUUAUUAUUAUUAUUACCAUUAUUAUUAUUAUUACUAUAUUACUGCUGUUACAAUUGUCAGUGAUCUCUCGCUUCAUUUGAGAAUACGCCUUGUAACCAAUAUCAAUUACGUCUACUCGUAUAAAAGCCACUUUAAUAAUAAUAGUCUUUGUUUUUCUUUGAUACAACUUUAAUUUGUUUUUUUGUUGUGAUAUUCAAUUUGAUAAAAAAAAGAACGUUUGUCAUUAUUUCGAAUGAAGGUUUAAAUAAAAUAAAAUAAGAAAAUGUUUCACAUCAUAGAUAUUAUUAUAAAUGUAUUACUUCA